AUGGCGCCGCCGCGCAGCGACGCCCCCGCCGCCGCCGCCGCCGCCCCCAAGGCCAAGGCGGCGCUCCCCACGGAGAUGAAGCGCGACCGCCCCGGGAUCGCGGUCGAGCCGCUCCCGAAGCGCCCCGUGCGCGGGCCGCGGCUGACGCUGUCGUACCUACUGCGCCUCGCCGCGUGGGAGCUGCUGCCGGAGCGGCCCCCGAAACGCAUCUACCGCCCGCCUGCCGAGUAUGCAGUCGAGAACGGCAAGGUCUACUUUUCUGACGGCAUGGACGAGGACUACGAGCCCAACCUCUUCACCAAGGCCCUGGCAGUGGUCAGCCUCGGCCUCUACAUCGGCAUCCCCCAGAUCCUCCUCACGCUCUUCGUCCUCUGCUUCUUCUACCCCUGGGCGCGCCUCGCCCUGCUGCUCGUCUCGGGGUCCGCUUUCCUGCCGCUGCGGCCGCUGGCGUGGCGGCGCGUGCUGGGCUCCUACCUGUUCCUCACGUGGCGGCGCUACUUCAAGUUCAGCUUUGUGUUUGAUGAGUCACUCAACGCCUACAAGGAUUACGUGAUCGCCCAGUUCCCGCACGGCGCCUUCCCAGUGCGCUGCCGCGGGCGGCCGCGGGCCGCGGCAGAUCGUGGGGACCGGCGCGGGCGCGUGGGUCGGGCGGCUGGCUGCGUGUGUGGGUCUGCUGCCUGA